AUGGGAAACUUUUGCAUUGAUGUUUGUAACAAUAUAAACAACACAUUAAGAGGAACUGCUUCAGGAGGUGAUAGCAAAGGAGCUAAGUAAGGUGGCAAAAAAGGGAAAUUUGUUGAUUUUAAUAUUGGUGCUUCUACAAUUUCAAAGGAAGAAUUUAAAUAAGCAGCAAAGAAAAGAAAAGAAGAACAAAAAAAGUUAGAAUUAAUAGAUAAAAUGUAGGAAUAAGAAAUAGAAAGGAAAUUGAAAUAGGAACUUGAAAAAAUAUAAAGAAGAUAAAUGGAAAAAAGAUAUUUGAGAAGAGAUUUUAAGUAUUUUGAUGAAGCCACUCAACAAAGAAUAUAUAAUUUUGGUUUAUUAGACAAAGAUGAAUUAUUAUAAUAAAUUAUGGGAUAUGCUACUAUAAGAAUGCUAAAUGAAAAAUAAUGUGAACCACUUGCAUAUUUUCCACUUAAAAAUUCAGAUGAAUUAUUAUGGGAAGAUCAUUCAGAGUAUUUAUAAAAUAUUGUACUGGAUGAAAUUAUAUAAUUAGAUGAAUCUGAAAGUUAUAAAUCAAUGUUAUGGACAGGUAAAAGAUUAUCCAAUCUAAAAUAAUAAUAUUUAGUAGAAAUCACACAAAUUAAGAAAAAUGAAUACCUUUAAUAAUUUGAAGAGAAUUUCUACUUCAAUAAAUCUAUUUAAUAAUUGUUAGCAUUAACUAAAUAAGAUACUAUUGCAUCAGAUAUUUAUAAUGUCUCUUAUUAGCAAUAAUGGUUUCUAUUAAAUUAUUCAAACAUCUUUUUAAGAGUUACAGAUAUGCCUAUAGCUACAUUAAGUGAAGUUAUUAAAAUAAGAGCUUCAUUCCCUAAAAUGGAAGGAGCUUAUAAAGAAUAAGAAAUCUUGGGAUUUUUAAUCCUUAUGAUGAGAGCUCUAAGAGAUGCAAAAUCUAUCUAUAUUAAUCAUGGAAAUGUUAAUGAUGAAAAUAUCUAUUUGAGUGGAGAUGGAUAAUAUAGAAUUAAAGGUUUUAAUGAAUUAAGAAUCACUAGUUACAUAGUUAAGAAACCUGUUAGUUAGACUUUAAUUAAAAAGACAUCUAAAAUAUAUUCAGAUAAUCGCAGUGAGGCUGAAAGUGAAGAAUUAUUAGUUGAAGAUGAGAGUAGAUAUGAGGAUGAAGCAGAAUAAUAUGAAUUAUGUUGUACCUACUCUUAUUUGUAAUACUAUAUCAAAUAGGUUAAACCUAGACAUUUAAUCUUUUUUAAUGAAACAAUGAGACCAGUAAUAGAAAAGGGUUUAUUUUUAUAUUGGAAUAAAAAUUUUGAUAAAAUGAGUGAGGAAGCAAAAAAAGAAAGACUUGUAAGGAAUACUGAAGAAGUGCUCUUAAAUUCCUUAAUAAUGCAAUAAAACUUUUAUAGUUUAGCUAUUAUAGCAAUUCAAAUGAUUAGUUUAGGUAAAUUUGAAAAGUGGUGCCAAAAUAAAUAGAAGACAUCUCAUCAUUCUAAUUAGAGUAACAAAAAUGAUAUCAGUUAAGCAGCCAAAUUUAUAAAAUCCUUUAGUGGUUUACACACUGAUGAAAUUUAUCUUAAUUAAAGAGUUAAGAAUUUUGAAGAAUUUAAAGAAUAUCAAGCAAAGAACUAUCUUGAAAUUAUGUCCUUUUUAGCACAAUAUUAAUUACUUAACAAUAAAUAACAAAAUUAUUAAAUUGUUAUUUUAUAUUUAUAAGAUAUGCUUAAACCAAAUUGUGAUUGGAAAAGGAUUAUGGAUUAAUUAUAAGAAGAGGAAUUUGAUCCACCAAAUGAUAUUAUAUUCUUUUAAAAGAGUAAUUUUGAAAAUGAAUAAACCAAUAAAUCAAAGAAUGAAAAAACAUCAAAUUAAUAAUAAUAAGACAAAAAAAAAUCUGAAAAAUAAAUCAAUCUUGCCUAAUAAGAAAAACCUUAAGCUGAUUUACCAAAAACAGAGUUAUCCACUAUUGUAGAUUAUGAAGAAGAUAAAGGUGGAUUAUUAAUAAGAGCAUUUAAUGUGUCAGAUUAAUUUUAUGAUAUUAGAAAAUACUUUUAUUAAAUUUAAGGAUAUAUGCUUAUAAGAAAUACUAGAAUAGGGUAAGAAGCUGCUAAAUAUAUUUUAAAAACAAUAAAUUCAUUAUAAAUUAAUGAUCUAAAUAAAUUAGCUCAUUAUAAAAUUAAUAAUCCAAAUUAAAUUUUUUUUUCAAAAACUGAAUAUGUUUUUCUAAAAUUUUGUUUAGGAUUUUGUUAUAUGUAAAAUAGAGAAUUAGAAUUAGCAUAUACAACAUUUACAUCACUUGAAUCAGAUAUUUCAAAUGCAGAUCCUAAAACUUUAAAAAAGAUUAAUCAAUCAAAUAUCAAAUUUUAUUAAGGACUUAUUACCUUUAUAUCUGGAGAAGCAGAAGAUGCAUUAUAACUCUUUAAUAGAGUACUCUAAAUUUCUAAAAAUAACCUUAAAGAAAUCAACGAAAAAGCAUACUAUUAAUUUAUACAUUAUUAUUUUCUAUUGUAACUUGAUUAAGAUGGUUAUUUUGAAGCAUUUAAGUAUAUUCAACAAUUAAAUGAAUAUCAUGAAUAAUAAUGCUAAAAAUAUGAUUAUAUAAGUAAAAGUUUGAUAUUAUCAUGUUAUAAUCGAGGCAAAGCUUAUUAUGAAGUAAGUUAAUUUGAACUCAGUAAACAUUACUUUGAUAUAUCUCUUAAAUUAAUAUAAAAUAUUACUCGUUCAGGGAGUGAGAUGGAUUCUCUUAGACUAUUAAAUUUAGGUUAUUUGAGCUACUUACAUUUUUUAACUAAUGAUAUGGAAAACAUGAAGUCAAAUUUAUAAAAGGCAAUGAGUAUAAUGUAAGAGGCUUUGAGUAGUUUUCAUUGUUUGGAGACAGUUGUUUUAUUUUUUAAUUUUUUUGGAUUUCUUCUAAAAUCCUUAUAUACAGAUUUAGAAGAUAUGUAUUAAUAGGUUGAAUUAUUUUAAUUAACAAUUGAUAACAAUAAAAGAGUGAAAAUAGAUUAAUUUUUCAAGAAAUUUGUUUUUGGUAAGAUGUUUUAUUAUGCUGGAGAUAUUAAGAAAGCAUAAGAACUUUUUUUAGAUGCUGUUUAAUUACAGUAAUAUUAGAUUGCUGAUGAAUUAAGAAUAAAAUAGACAUAAAAUAUUUCAGUUCAUUAAUUAAAAGAAUUUUAACAAAUAAAAAUACAAAUGCUUAAGGAAUAUCAAGAAUAAUAAAAAAAAUUUAAAACAACUUUACCACCACCUGAAAGAGAUAAUUUAACUGUUAGAUUAUUAAUGGAAGUAUAUGAUUGGUUAGGAUAUAUCUAUAUAAAAUAAAAUCAAGAGAAAAAAGCUAUGUUAUGUUAUAAAUUAUAUGAAUAAUAUAUGUACAAUUUAUUUAGAUUUGAAUAAACUUUGAUUGAUGAAUAUACAAUGAGAUGGGCUAAAAUUUAAUUUUAUUUAUAAAAAUAUGAUGAAAGUUUAAAAUUAUUUUCUUAAUUGGCUUGUGAUCUUAGAAAAUAGAAAGUAGAUGAAGACUUAUAUUUUGAAUAUUAAUAAAUUCAAAGUGAUAUCAGUAGAUGGAUGGGAUUAUUAUAUUUAUUGUAAAAUAAAGAUGCUUCAGCAAAGGUUGCUAUAGAACGUUCAAAAGAAGAAUUGAUGAAACUAUAUAAGUAAUAGUAAGUUAAUGAAGUGUCUAAAACAUAAACUAAUAAUAGUAGAAUAGGUACAUAAUUAAGUGAUCCUAAAUUAUUAUCAUAAGAAAGAGAAGAUUAAGUUGCGAAUUCAUAAUUUUAAGUUUCAAAUAGAGUUGAAUAUGUUGGAACUUCAAUGAUUUAACUCUAGAUAUAAAGGAGAAAUGUAAUGGAACAAAAUUAUUUCAAAUUGUAAUAAGCUCCAGUUCUGAUAUUAUUAGUAUAAAAUUAUAUGCGUAUAAUUUGGGAUUGUAUAUCAUUAAAUUUAAAGAAGUUAUCAAUUACUUAUGUAGAAGAAUUUUUGAGUUUUCUUGAAAAGGAUAAAUAUCUAAAUACUCCUAUUUUUGAAAAUGUUUUAAAGAGUUCAAUCAGAUCAGAUGUUUAUUUUUUAGUUGGAUAUAUAUAUGGAUAGAGAGGAUAACAUGAAGAGACUUUUAUAUUUUUUAAAAGAUCAUUCAUAAUCAUCAGAGAAUUUUAUGAUAACAAUUAAUUAGAUCAAUAGUUAAUAAUUAAGAUGAGUCUUAUUUAUGAUUAAAUGUCUAGAGUAUUGGCUAAUUAAGGAUUUUAUAUUGAUGCUAAAUAAUAUUUAAUGAAUUCUCUUUAAUUAUUUUAAUAAGUUAAGAAAAAAAUAAAUCCAUUAUAAAUUGCCUAUAAACAUGCAAAUUUAGGAAAUCUCUUAUUUAAAUUAGGUUAAUUUACAGAUGCAAGAGUACAUACUGAAAGUGCUUUAGUUAUUUUUGAAGAAGAGUAUGGAAAAGUAUCAGUACCAGUAUUAUAAACUAGAACAAAAUUACUUGAAAUUUUAUUAGCUAGAAAUAAGAAUUAACUUAUUAGAAAAGCAACAUUAUAAUUAAUUGAAACAUUUAAAAUUGUUUGUGAAACUCAUUAUUCUACUAAAUUAGAUGGAUAAAUUGAUAGAAUGAUAGCAAGUUAUCAUCAUAAAUAUGGUAAUUAUUCAGAAGCUUUAAAUUUAUAUUUGACAGCAUUUAUCAAAUUACUUGAUGAUAAUGAAUAAGGAAUGCUUUUACUUAAUUAAUUAUCUUCAGGAGAAAAGAAUGUUAAAAAUUUAUUAUAAAUUAAAUCAAGUGAUAGAGCUUCACUUGAUAUAGCCUUAAUAAUUUGUCAAUUAUAUGUAGAUAAUUUAUAAUAUGAAAAUGCUUAUGAUUUAUUAAUUAAAUUAUUAGAUUUAAGUUAAGGUAUUGAUUAUGAUCCACCAGAAUUAGGUAAAAUUGCUGUAUUAGGACAUGAUAAAGAUGAAGACAUACAUAAUAGUUCAGAAGGAAUUUUAAAAAUUAUUUCUUGUUUUAAUAGAAUUGAUACAAAAAAAGGUAAUUUAACAGUUUUUGAGAUUAGAAGAACUGAAAUUUUUGAAAUGCUGAAAUCUAAAAGACAUAUUAAUUUAUUAUUUAUUGCAGAUAUUUAUAGAUUAUUGGGAUAAAUAUUAAAUUUUUGGGAAAGAUAACGAUUUGAAGCAUAUUUCUUUGUUAAUUACACUUCAAUCAUUUCAAAAUAUUAUGGAAGUCAAUCUAAAUUUUAAAGUUAGAAAUCUAAAGUGAAGAAUGUUAGAGGAUAAUAAAUUGAUGAAUUUUAAAGUUAAAUAUUUAAUUUUUUAAUUGAUGCCUUAAUUAUUUAUUAAGAAGCAAUAGGUGACUAUCAUACUCAUUUUGUUGAAACAUUAUAUCUAUUAUCAGAAAGAUAAUAUUUAUUAGAAUAAUAUGAAGAUUUAUCAAAAUAAGCAACUCAAGUUAUUGGUUUACUUAAAUAAUUAAAAUUGGCAUUUCCAAUUAAAUAAUGGAAAUUAAUGCUUACAUAAGUUAAAACUAAUUUAUAAAAUUGUAAAGCUUAUAAAUAAUUAUUGUUAAUCAUUCAUAGAUAUAAUCUUGAUUCAGGAUAUAAAGAUUUGGAGAAUACUGAAGAUAUUUUAUAUGAAAAAACAAUACAAAAAGUUAAAGAUAUGAUAGUAGGUGAUAAGAAGAAAAAAACAAAAAAAAAUGUAAUCUAAAUUAAUAGAGAAGGAUUAGCUGCUAUUGCUUGUUUGAUAAGAUCUGAAGAAGAAGAAUUUAUAUAUUUUCUUGAGAAUCUUGAAAAUCAACAAGAGGAACAAAUUGUCACUCGAUUAACAGUUGAAGUUAAUUUUGCAAAAUAACAAAGAGCUUUUUAUGAAAUUAAUAAUCUUUAGGCUUCCUCUUCCUCUCCUCAUAUGAAAAAUUCGAAUAAUUAACCUAAGACAUAAACUCCUAAACAUUAGAAAGAUGAGAAAUCAUUUUUUGCAUAAAAAUAACGAUAUCUUGAUACUACAAAAGAACUAUUACCAUAAUAAUAAAGAGUUUUAUUUGAAGGUUUAAGAGGUAUGAGAGCAAUUAAAAGAUUUAUUAGAAGAUAUUUAAGAAGAAAAAUGAAAGCAAAGUUAAAGAGAGAAUAGGAUGAAAAACACAAUAUGUAUUUAGAAGGUAAUGACUCUAUCAUAAGGUCUGAAAUUUCUCAUCUUUUAUAUGAGAUGAAAUAAAUAAAAAUUAUUAUUAUAACCUUAUUAGGAUAAUCUUACUAUAAUUAAAAGAACUUAGAUGAGGAUUGA